UAUUUAAUCUUAUAAUUUUAAUAGAUUCUUCUGAUGAUCCAAAUGAGGAAUUAAAAGAUAAUUCUGAUAUGAAGCAAGACGGAAAUGAUUCGGAGCUUUUUGCAGCUGAUGACCUAUUAGUUAAUCCUGAUGAUUUACUUCCACCUGUAGCAAAAUUAGAAAAAUAUGCAAAUAGUGACAUAGUCUUCAAUCGGCAAGUUGUGGUACGCAACCUUCUGGAGACGCUACGGCUGGUUCACGAGAACACUGAUGAUGUGGCACGCGUCAUCAAUGUUCUCGGCAGUAUAUCCGAAGAUUAUGAUCCUAGUGUUAGAACAGAGCUUAUGGUGCAACUUCCCCACAUAGCUGCCUUUUGCAAAGAAGUUAAAUUGAACUAUAUUAUUUCACAAUAUUUGGUGCCAAUGCUAUUAAGUUAUUUAAGAGAUGAGAGCAAUCUUGUACGGAAGUCUUCUCAUUCUGCAUUAAUGUCUAUUUUAGAUCAAGGUCUUGUUGAUUUUACUACACAAACUGAGAAAAUAUGGCCUUUAAUUUUACAUAUGACAGACAGUAUGAAUCCCGAAGACAUCAGAACUGAAUCAAUUCUGUUAAUGAGUAAGCUUCUUAUUUUGAUGGGUGCUGAAGAAACAUUUUUUGACAGAUUGUAUGCUCUAUGUGCAGACAGGUCUAAUAAUAUUCGUAAAGCAUGUGCCUCAACAUUUGGAGAUAUCUGUACAGCAGUGGGCAGGGAAUUGACUGAAGAAUUAUUGCUACCUAAAUUUUUUACAUUGUGUGAAGAUAGUGCAUGGUGUGUACGAAAAGCUUGUGCCGAAAAUUUCAUGCCUGUGUCUUGUGUCGUAUCUAGAGAAAUACGUUGUAAAGAGCUUACUUCCCUAUAUAUGAUUCUUCUUUCUGAUCAAAGUAGAUGGGUGCGUGUGACUGCAUAUCAAGCUUUAGGUCCUUUUAUAUCUACAUUUGCUGAACCAGAUAAAACUGGGUUGUACUAUAGUAAAGAGGGUGUUUUGACUGUCACAGAUUGUGAUACAGCAACAUGUGAAAAUUCUCAUGAUGAGUUGACUUGUGAUGAUGACGAUUCAGACUUAAUUAACGAAUCGAAUGGUAAUUCAGAUGUCGUUGCAGAUCAUUCUAGUUCUGACAGGACUGAUUCUUCCAAAUCCUGUGAUAAUGUUGUUCCUCUCAGCUGUGUGGCCUCAAGUCAUUCUCCUUCUGAUGUCCCAAGUAUUUCUUGCCAAGUUGGCAACUACUGUACUGUGAUAGAAGUUAGUUCUCCAGCUUCUGAUGUAGACACAAUGCAAGGAAGUGGAGAAAUAGUAAAUAAUGCAUUUACCUCCAAUUCUACACAGAACUCAAACCAAAAUACAAAUCUAGUUAGCUCAGGUGAUACUUGUGAAGUCGAUAGUUGCAAUAAGAAAUCUUUGUGUGACACUGUGAGUAUGAAUGGUUUUGAAAGGGACAGACUAAACCAAAGUCAUGAUGAUGAGUUUAAUAAAUUGUGGUAUGAAGCAGCUUAUGGGUGCGAAGAUGGUGUCACUCAAGAUUUAUGUGGUAAAGUUUUGAAUGGUGACAUUGGUUCUGUAAAUAAAAAGUUAUUUGUAAAUACUAAAAAAUUGCAAAACAUUAAAUCAUCUGAAGAAAAACAUGCUUUUUGGAGCUCUAUAACUGUAAAUGGUGUAAGUCUCAACCGGUCAAUUCCUUUAAAUGGACCAAUUUCUUUUGAAGUGAUACCAUCAAUAAGUUGUACUAAUUCCAAUAGUAAUGGUAUAAAUACCUCUAAUCAUAAUUCAUUAGCAGAUAGUGGUAGUGAAACUUUGUUAAUGGCCAAUCCACAUUCCAAUGAUGUAAGUGGUGAUAUUGUCCAAUUUUCUAAUUCAUCUCCUAAUGACUCCUCCGAAGCUUCUGAUAUUUCUUCUGUGAACGAAGUUGAAAAUGAAGAUGUGCUCAAGUGUAAUGAAGAGAAGCCUUCUGUUAAAGAAAGUGCCUUUAAUCAUUUUCAGUAUUGGCGUGAUCCUAUUCCACCUCUUGACAUGGAGGAAGAAAUAAAUUAUUACAAAAAUCAUUGUGUUGGUGCUAUAAAUGCAUAUGAAAAUAUCAGAAUAGUUAAAUCUGAAGUUACGUCUGAAGUAAAGUCUGAUGUUGCAGACUGCUAUAUUACCUUUGAGGAUAUUUUUAGUAACUUAAAAGCUAGUGAAACACCAGAAAACAAAGGUGAACCUCCUCCUAAUACAAACAUCUUUACUGUUCAUGAGCAGGAUAUUGUGCCUCCUGAGCUGCUCCUGCAAUAUUUAAAUAUGAUAGAUUCUGCCUGGGCUCAAACCAUAGAUGCAGAAAUAGCUCGUCAUUGUGCCUACAGUUUACCCGCAGUUGCUCUUACUUUAGGAAGGAAAUAUUGGCCUUGUUUACGAGACACAUUUGAUGCUCUUACUUCAGAUUUACAAGGUUUCAUCAUGAUGUGGAAAGUGCGAAGAACAGUUGCUUCUGCUCUGCACCAAUUAGCUGUGAUAUUAGGUCCUGAAAUAACAUCCAAAGAUCUUGUGCCAGUCUUUUCUCGUUUCAUUGGAGAUUUAGAUGAAGUUCGUAUUGGGAUAUUGCAACACUUAUUCGAAUUUCUGAGGGUGUUAAAGCCUGAAGAACGAGUACAAUUUCUUCCUAACUUAUCUGACUUUCUAGUUUCAAAUAGUGACUCAGACAUGAAUGAGAAGAAUUGGAGACUGAGACUUGCUUUAGCAGAGCAACUUGUAUGUAUAGCUGAAUUGUAUGAACCCCAAUGUGUUCGAGAUCACAUGGUGCCUCUCGCCUUAAAAUUAAUCAAAGAUAAAGUUUGUGAGGUUCGUUUGGCUGCAGUACGUGUGAUGGCUGCUGUAAUGAAACGAUUAAGACAACACCCAACUCAAACUCUAAGCAAAGCAGUUUUGACUGAACUGACUGACAAAUUCGUCCAUUCUCCUAAAUGGCUGCACCGGCAACUAUAUGUGUAUGUAUGUCAGGAAUUCAUUAUAGAAAACUCUCUUUCUGCUGAUCAGUUUGCAGAGGAUGCUUUGCCACAGCUACUGUACCUAUGUUGGGAUCGAGUUCCUAAUGUCAGAUUAGCUAUUGCUAGAUGCAUAGUAACAGUAAUAUGGCCUUUAGAUACAUUUUCCAAUCCAGAAAGUCCUCAUAGGGAAUUACUACUGGAAACUAUACAUACCCUUCAAAGUGAUACAGAUGCAGAUGUAAGAUAUUAUGCCAACAUGGUUUCAACUCACGAAUGUUCUUGUCUACAGAAUGGGCAGUUUAAUAACAGUAAUCAAAUGGUCUGAUAAAGCUGUUAGCUCAAAAAUCCUAUCUAGUCGUAUUUUGACUGGGAAUGCCAUCAACCAUAUUGAAGUAGAUCAUUUUUAUUUAAAGUCGCCAUGGAGCUUUAUGGAGAAGUCAAUUAUGUGCUCAAAACUUAUCUUUCCACAUGAGUUCUCUUUGUACUAAAAUUGUACAGAUGCAAUACGUAUGUUUUUAUACCUCUGUAACGGGUACAAUCAAGAAGCGCUUAUGUCUCAGAUUAUUUAUUGAUCUUAUGAGUUUUUCAUGCUAAGCAAAAUUUACUUAGCUGUGAUAAUGACAUUUCAUAUGUAAUUAAAUUCUGUAUUUGUGAUUUGAGAUCAAUUAUUUAUACUUACACUACUAAAUGUCGCUUGGGUUUAUUUACUUUUUUUUAAAAAAAAAAUUUACUUGCAUGUUUUUAUGACACUUAUGCAAUAAAUUUAUGUGACUUUUUACGAUUGGCUAUGAUGGUAUUUGUAUCAAAAUGAAUCUUUAAAAAUCAUCUUAUCAGUUCCUUUCCAUCGUUGUUUUUCUCAACAAGUUUUUAAUAUUUUUUCUUUUUCAUUCUGUUUAGUAAAUUUUCCAUCAUGUUUUAUUUUAAACUGACUAUAAGAGAGAAAAGAUCUUUUUUAAAAUACUAAGUUUAUUUUCAAUGAAUUAUUUAAAUUUUACUCAUUAUAGGUGCUCAAGAAGUUAUAAAUAAAUGAAUGAAUGAUUUUGAAGCGCUUGUGUUAUUUUUAUUGGAAAACUUAAAUUAUUUCCUUUGUAAUAUAUACAUAUCUGAAGAUCUAAAUGUGUUUUUAUAUGUAGCAGUUCCUUUUUCUAUUAAAUAAAAAUAAAUUUCAGUUGUCUUUCUA